UCCGAAGAUUAAACAAAGAAAUUAGGAUUUAGGGUCUGAGGGCUAAACUAUACCAUUAUCGAUAUGCUUCCGGUGUACGACGCAAAAAAUUUAGGGCACUUUUCAUCAAAAAUUUCCACAUUUAUGAUUCCAACCCAAUGACUUAUGAGAGAUGACUUCAUUGAGUUCAGCUGAACAGCUAGAAACAAAGGAUGAUGUACCACCUACUUUGACUCAGGAGCUGCAGUCAGAGGUCAAAGAACCUGCGCUACCUGUAGAGCAGAACUGUAGUAUAAGCCCAGAGACAGAGGACGUGUUACAUGAUCAUUUCCUACUGCCCUGUACAGUCAAAGUUAAGUGCGGCGGCUGCGGAAAGGAAGCCGAGGUUUUAAACCAAGACGACACCUCCCCGGACCUGACCGAAUUCUCGUACAUCUGCGACAUCUGCAAGUCCCGCGCCCAGAAGAAGCUCCGCCUCCACCAGCUCAUCAACGGCGGGACGUUCGCGGCGCAGGAACAACCGGAUCGGACAGAGCCGAAGCGGAAGCACCCAUGCCCGCACUGCUUUAAGGAAUUCAACUCCCAGAAGGACAUGAAAAGACAUACAAACAUCCAUACAGGAUUGAAACCAUACGCGUGCGAUACCUGCGGAAAGUCCUUCUCGCAGAGCUGCAGCCUGAAGCGCCAUCUAGUGACGCACACAGACUCUAAGCCGCACCGCUGCGAGGUCUGUGGUCAGACGUUCAGGGGUCAUCUGGCCCGGCAUAUGAGGAGCCAUACAGGGGAGAAGCCGUUCACCUGCGAGAUUUGCCAGAAAGGGUUCUACAGGAGCGAGCUUCUGAAGAGGCAUUUGGCGGAGCAUAUGACAGACGGAAGUGUUUCCGGCUCUAAAUCCAAGCUAGACGAUAUUUUUCAAAGGAGCCUGACCAAGCAGCAUACCUGCUUGAUCUGUGACAAAACAUACACAAACAGUGGACACCUCGCAAGACACAUGAAGCAACACAACAAUGAGAAUGUCCUGCGGUGCGGGGUAUGCACCAAGGUGUUCUACAUCAAGGAUGAACUCCAGGAACAUCUGCAGGGCCACAGCAAAGAAGACCUGGCUGCAAUCAUCGCUGGCACACUUGCAAACUUGCCUAUGAUGACCAAUGGCAGCCCUCCCUCUCCUGAGGCUGAAGAUGAUCCGAUAAAAGAAGAGCUUGCUCCUGAAGACGAUACCCCGGCGGUCUUCCCUUCACAGGACGCAGCUCCAGAGGAACACGCCUGCCUGGAGGACAAGGUGACCUGUGGCAUCUGCGGUCAUGCCUGCUGCUGUACCAACUACAUCCCACUACACAUGGAGAACCAUGAAGAAACCAUGGUCAACCACGAAGAACCCAUGAUGGUCCAGUGCAGAUCCUGCGGAAUGGACUUUGCACCAUCUGGUGCCAACAAAGGCUCCACGAUCUGCAACGUCUGCAAGCCUGAACAAGCAGGAAUGGGAGCACAACCAAAAUCGGAUGACAUCCAAGACGAUGAGGGAGACGAGGCCCAGGACGAUGUCCAGGAUGAUGAUGGACUCGCCGCAGGGGAUGAUGAGGAGAAGAGACACCAGUGCCUUGAAUGCGACAAGACAUACAAGUACAUCAAGCACCUCAGGGAGCACGCUCGGAUCCAUGCUGGCGGGUACCGACCGUACAAGUGCCCCACCUGCAGCAAGACCUUCUCCAAGCGAUACCACCUCAACAGGCACAUGCUGAUCCAUGGUAGACAUCAGCAAAGACAGCAGCAGAGCCAGUCCAAGACGCUCGCUGGAGUGAAGGGGAGAAUCGGAAGGCCACCGCACACCAUGGGAAGGCCACCUAACACCGUCGGAAGGCCACCUAACACCGUGGGAAGGCCACCUAACACCGUCGGAAGGCCACCCAAAACUGUAGGAAGGCCGCCACACACCGUGGGAAGGCCGCCACACGCCUUGGGAAGGCCGCCGCACACCGUGGGAAGGCCGCCGCACACCGUGGGAAGGCCGCCGCACACAGUGGGAAGGCCCGUGGGAAGGCCACCGCUGCAGCACGUCGUGAAGAAGGGGAGAGUCGGAAGGCCACGGCUCACUGAUCGAAAGCCGCAGCUGACCGAGAUGAAGCCGGUUGUUGCGGUUGCUGUCAAUGUGUAUGCAAGGCCGAAGCCACAUUCUGGAGGCAUGCCGUUUGUUUGCUCUGCCUGUGGGAAAGGGUUCCUGAAGAGGGUUCCCUUGAAGCGGCAUCUGCUUAACCACCUUCAAGAAGGCACCAUCCCUAAGGAUCAUCCGCAGAUCAAUGAGAUGAAGGUCAAUUCCUACGUGAACGCCAACAUGGGUGAAGCGCCCUCGCCCCAGCUCCAGACCUGUCCCAUCUGCACCAAGGUCUGCAAAGGUCUCCAUCUUUACCGACACAUGAAGAUACAUUCCAAGGAAGAGAUCGCAAAGGCCAAAGAGGGCGCAAUAGGUUCCUCUUCCCCGCAGCUCCAGCAGCAGCAGCAGCAGCAGCACAAGAGGCCUCAGAUGAAGAUCUCGAGUAGGGAAGCUCAGGGCGAGAUGGACUACGAGAAAGAUGAGAGUCAUUUUGACGGUGAAGAUUCUGAUGAAGAAAACAUGGAGGAUGAGGAAGAGGAAGAGGAUGGAUCGAUGUCCAUGUUAAAGGAUGGUGACCUCAAUGUCAAGGAAGAACCACCUGAGGAGGUAAAGGAACACACGUGUCUAGAAGACAAGGUCACCUGCGGGAUAUGUGGACAUAACUGCUGCUGCGCCAACUACAUAACAGUCCAUAUGGAAAUGCACAGCAAUGAAUCUGAGAACUGUGGCAAGUGUGGGAAGGAACUGGGUGAUCUUCCAUCCACCUAUGUCAAAGGUGGACGCAUCUGCAGCAUCUGCGCUUCACGCUCCAGGAAGCAGUUGCGCCUCCACCAGAUUCUCCGGAACAGGGUGAUCCCUUCGGAUCUGCCCGCCGGCGUGACGAAGAAGCGCAUUGAGUGCCCGCACUGCCCGAAGAGCUUCGUAGAUCGCAAGUACUUCAGGGAGCAUCUGCGGAUCCAUACGGGUGAGAAGCGCUACCACUGCUCCUUCUGCGGGAUGGGCUUCGCGCACAGCCGCAACUUCAAGCGCCACGUCUGGAGGCACACUGGUGAGAAGCCCAACUGGUGCAACAUCUGCAACAAGGGGAUCGCUGGACACCUCGCGAGGCACAUGCGCAGCCACUCCACCGAGAAGAGCUACGUCUGCAACAUGUGCCACAAGGGUUUCAACCGCAGCGAGCAUCUCAAGAGGCACUUGAAGACGCACCUUGGUAUGCAUGAGGAGUACCAGUGCCAUCUCUGCUCCAAGAAGUACCUGCGGAAGGAGCACUUGAAGCGGCAUGUGAGAUCUCAUGAAGAUGGGACACUGACACAGCAGGGAGGAGCUGGCUCCAAUGAACUUAGUCCAGUAGUCAUGCCCGUUCGUCCACCAGUGAAUGACCAGCCAUACCGGGAGCAUCCCUGCACAUACAAUGACGCUGUCUGUGGUCUUUGUGGUGACGCCUGCUGUUGCGCCAACUACCUUCCUUUCCACAUGGAAGUGCAUGGUGAGAAAGCCGAAGACUACAUCGAAGGCGGCACCGUCAAGAAGGGCGCUACGCCCAGACAAGGUGGUGAUGGUGAGAAGCCAGUCAGGGACCACUCCUGCACCUAUGAUCCUGUGACCUGCGGUCUCUGUGGGCAGGCAUGCUGUUGUGCCAACUAUAUCCCCCUGCACAUGGAGAUUCAUGGUGAGAAGGCGAAGGAUCUUCCCAAAGACCACAUCCUCAAGGACUCUGAAGGUGAAAGUCUGACGGAAGCCCAUGAAGCACCCCAGAUUGCAGGGAAACAAGUGAAAGGGCACCCUUGCUUGCAGUACAUGGUGAGCUGUGGCAUUUGUGGUGAUGUAUGCUGUUGUACCAACUACAUUCCUUUCCAUAUGGAGCAGCACAAUGAGCAGGCUACAGAGUCCAUCGGAGAGGAUGAUAUCAUCAAGAAAGCGCUAGAUGCCUCCGACAUCGCCUCCGACUGCGGAGACGAUGUCAAACCACACCCUUGUACUCAUGAACUAAUCAGCUGUGGCAUCUGUGGCGAGCCAUGCUGUUGCCCCAACUACAUUCCUUUCCAUAUGAAACUGCACAGCGAGGUGAUGGACCAAGAGCCAAUCUGCCAAGAGGAAGUCGCCUACGUUGCCAAUCCAACAACUGUUACUGAUCAAGAUGUAGCUGAUACAGCAGAUGCUGUUCAAGAAGUCACAUCUUCUGCAGUUGAAGCAGUAGAAGCAGUCCCAACCCCUGAGGCAGUUGAAGCGCCAAGAGCAGUGCCGACACUGGGGCCGAAACAAGAAGCUUUCGAAAAACAGGUGGUGAAUAAUGGCAGUGCCGUCAUGGAGGAACAUGUGGAAGAAUUUGACUGGGCCAGUGUUGCCAACUUCCUUCAAGGAACCCCUGAACCAGACCCGUUGCCUGUUCCUCCACUCCUCGCCAGCGGAAGCAACGUUGAACCUUUAAACGGAUCACCAAUCAAGGAAGAGCCCUCCACAGCUAGUCAUGUCGAUGAACACCAGGUGACAACGGAUCACGUGUGUCUUCAGGCCGAGGUGACCUGCGAGACCUGCGACAAGCUCCUGUGUUGCAUCAACAUCCUCAUUCCGCACCUGGACACCCACAAGGUCAUCAGCGUACGGUGCGAGCUCUGCCAACGGGACGUGGAGAUGACCAAGACCGUCACGGUGCUCAAAGACGGGGUCAAGAUCUACAAAUGCGGGAGCUGCGUGAUGGGCAUCUCAAUGAUGUCGUCCAGCCCCUCCAGGACAUCUCAGGUAAGAGCUGGUGAACCACGUGUCCUCGCAAAGAAGAGUAUCCCGUGUCCACACUGCAGCAGGGUAUUGAAGUGCCGCAAGGAUUACACUCGCCACGUGAAGAUCCAUGCGGAAUUCAAACCCUUCAAGUGCGACAUCUGCGAUAAGGAGUUUACGGCGAUGGCCAACCUGAGGCGUCAUCUGGACGCGCAUGCCGGGGUGAAGCCACAUGAAUGCCAGAUCUGUGGGCAGUACUUUAGUGGCCACAUGGCUCGUCACAUGAGGACCCACACAGGCGAGAAGAAGUACAGCUGUGAGAUCUGCAAAAAGGGAUUCCAACGCUUGGAGCAUCUGAAGAGACAUCUGUGGCAGCAUGUCAAGGAUGGACAGGCCACCAGCUCCCAUAAACAGCUACUUGAACUAGGCAUCACGGCGGACACUCCGCCACCGAGCGAGGCGGCGCCAUCUAAGCCCAACUGGUGCCAUAUCUGCGAGAAGGUGAUCCCGGGACGCCUUGCCCGGCAUAUGAUAACACACAGUGGCGUGAAACCCUACCAGUGCAGCGAAUGCCCCAAGGCUUUCUUCCGCUACGAGCACCUGAAGAGGCAUCUUGAAAUGCACUCCAGGAAUAAACAAUAUACAGGUGUAGUCAACACCCUGAAGGGUCAAUAGGUCAAGUGAAUCCUUGCUUUAAACCAAUUCCUACAUCUUACAUGUUUUAUCCCGAAG